AUGGCCGCCAACUUAGAGUCGGGACCUCUGGCAACUAUUCAACACCAAUCGUUUCCUGCUGAUACUUCCAGAGGCGCACAAAUCCCUUCCGAAAUGGCAGAAGUAGCAAGAGGCGAUGAGUCUGCGGACGCCCAGCUCGAGAAAAUGGGCUACAAAUCUGAAUUACCAAGAAACCUUAGCAUGAUGUCAAUUCUUGGACUGUCUUUCGCAAUUAUGGCUGUACCAUUUGGUAUAAGUACUACAAUGUAUAUAACGCUCAUAGAUGGCCAAUCAGUAACUAUAAUAUGGGGCUGGUGUUUCGUAUCUCUAAUUUCGCUCGCAAUCGCCGCUUCUCUUGCCGAAAUUUGUUCAGUAUUUCCUACAGCUGGAGGAGUCUAUUACUGGUCUGCGAUGCUUGCAACUAAAGAAUGGGCACCAAUUGCAUCCUGGAUCACAGGAUGGCUUACGCUAGUUGGGAACUGGAUGGUUACGACCAGCAUCAACUUCUCGGGAGCACAGUUGAUAUUAAGCGCCAUCUCGUUGUGGAGAGAGGACUGGGCGCCGAAUGCAUGGCAGACAAUUUUAAUGUUUUGGUGUGUUACGCUAAUAUGUGCAUCCGUCAAUAUAUUCGCCUCAAAACAUCUGGAUUUCAUCAAUAGGAUAUGUAUCUAUUGGACAGGAGCCGGCGUUAUAAUCAUUCUAGUCACUCUGCUCUCAAUGGCUGAAACGAAGAGGAGUGGGGCGUACGUCUUUGGUCAUUUUGACGCUUCGCAGAGCGGCUGGCCUGAUGGCUGGGCGUUCUUUGUAGGUCUACUACAAGCUGCAUAUACAUUGACUGGAUAUGGAAUGGUGGCAUCUAUGUGUGAAGAGGUUCAGCAACCUCAUCGCGAAGUUCCUAAAGCAAUGGUUUUAUCAGUCGCUGCUGCAGGUAUUACUGGUGUUAUUUAUCUCAUCCCAAUACUAUUUGUUUUGCCCGAUGUAGCAGUCCUUUUGGGCGUCAAGAACGGACAACCAAUCGGGUUAUUAUUCAAACUUAUUACUAGGAGCCCAGGUGGAGGGUUUGGCCUAUUACUUCUGAUUCUUGGGAUUUUGUUUUUCGCCGGGAUUGGAGCCUUUACCGUUGCAAGUAGAUGCACUUAUGCGUUUGCUAGAGAUGGUGCUAUCCCUGGAUCAAGAUUAUGGCGCCGAGUGAGCCGAAGAUACGGAAUACCUUUAAUGGGGCUGAUUCUUUCGACCACUGUGUGCUCCUUGCUAGGGUUGAUAUAUUUUGGAAGCUCGGCCGCAUUCAAUUCCUUUACCGGAGUGGCCACGAUAUGUCUAAGUACCUCCUAUGGUCUACCCAUCUUGGUUUCUGUACUUCGUGGAAGAAAACUCGUCAAAAACGCACCUUUCUCCCUUGGAAAGUUUGGAAUGACUAUCAACCUGCUCUCGAUUAUAUGGAUUUUACUUGCUAUUGUGUUAUUUUGUAUGCCUAUUGCAAUACCGGUGACAGCACCUGGAAUGAAUUAUGCAUCGGUUGUAUUUGCGGGUUUUACGGUAGUCUCUGCAGCAUGGUAUUUCAUCCGCGGUAGAAAAGAAUUCAAGGGGCCUCCGAUAGAAGGGGACGUCAUUGAGAUGAAAUGA